AAAGUAAACAUUCCAAACUAGCCAAAACUCUCUUUCUUUGACCCGAUCGAGAGAAUCGAAUCCAAAGUGCGAUGGCGACAGAGGAUGUGAACGAAGCCCUUACGGCGGCGGAAGUACCGGCAAUAGAGACGACGGAGAAGCAGCCCCCUCACAAGCUCGAAAGAAAGUGGAGUUUCUGGUUCGAUAACCAAUCCAAACCUAAGCAAGGCGCCCCCUGGGGAGCCUCUCUUCGCAAAGCCUAUACCUUCGACACCGUCGAAGAUUUCUGGGGUUUGCACGAGACUAUAUUCAUCCCUAGCAAAUUGACGGCGAAUGCAGAAAUUCACAUGUUCAAAGCUGGUGUUGAGCCCAAGUGGGAAGAUCCUGAGUGUGCUAAUGGCGGAAAGUGGACUUUUGUUGUUACCUCCAACAGGAAGCCUGCUUUAGACAAGGCUUGGCUUGAAACUUUGAUGGCUCUUGUCGGAGAGCAAUUUGAUGAGGCUGAUGAGAUUUGUGGUGUGGUUGCUAGUGUGCGCCCAAAGCAGGACAAGCUCUCCUUGUGGACAAGGACCAAAUCUAAUGAAGCUGUUCUGAUGGGUAUUGGGAAGAAGUGGAAGGAUAUACUUGAUGUCGCUGACAAGAUAACUUUCACUAACCAUGAUGAUUCUAGAAGAACUCGGUUCACUGUCUGAAGAGAAAUGACGCAAGGGUGGUGAGACCUGAGGAAGAUGCAAUAUCGCUUUGUCUUGCAUUAUUCUGUCGGUUUACUCAUAGCUGAGACCUUUAGGGAAACUCACUUUGAGGUGUAACUCUACAAAGUUUUAUUUUCACUGGAAAGAGUUUCUUAAUAUUAAGUUCAGUUAUUUCUUUUUGGAAGCAUCAAAUUUUGGAGACACACAUUAAAUUUGAAUGUUUGAUUUUUAUGCUAUUUUAUAUUUUCA